ACGUCUCCGGGACGGUCCUGGCAGCACCACAACAGUUAUCUCCCUAUUUUCUCUCUCAUUUGGAAGAAACAAUGCACCUGCAAUGGCAAUUCACAGAGUUGGAAUUAUGACGAAAUGGGCUUCAAAAAUUCAACACUUUGGGAUGUGAUGAAUAUAAUGGACAAGGAAAAUCAGAGCGCGUGUGACCAAAACAUAUCAGAGCUAGAGCCAAGCGCUGAGAGCUAUAUUAGGUCACCGCAUUGCUGCUUUGACUCUCAAAGCAACGGGAACGGGAAAUAGCACGGAGCACGAGCACGGGCGCCCGGUUGCAUUUGAUUUAAGCCGCCGCAUACCACAGCAGGGAGACCGUCCUGUUUCGUUCACUAAAUUACUAUCCAUGGAAGAUGUAUUUUUAUUUUUUAACUACGACCUGCUUUUCAACUGAUAACCGAGAAACCGUAGAUAAAAUAAGAUGUUAAAGUGAUUACCAAGGGUAAAUAAUAAACAAUACCGGGCAAGCAAGGUCCAUUCCCCGAGCGCAGGUGGAUCCAACGAAGUGGUGGAACAGGGUAUUGAACGAGGACAGGAACUGCAGCGUACCACGAUAACCUCGGGACUUCUAGCCUACUACUACUAUAUUCAAAUAAUAGGUCUAACUAUUCAUUCCUAUAUCUGCUUUUUGGGGGUCCAAUAUGAUGCUAAAUUGUUCCACAACCUGGAUGUGUAUCAGAACAUCAUUAUGAUGGAAAUAGAAUAACCCAAGUGAUGUUGCCACUGUAGAACGCAUAACGCACUUGGACUAAUAGGUGUGUAACUCUAAUCAAAUUAUUGCUUUGUACGCUUCCCAAGCCUGCUUUAAUUGAAAUAAUACCUAGUUCUCUCUUAUGUGGACCUAUAAUAGUGUUUAAAGGAUGCCUGAAGCACUCGCCCCAGCCCAGGCGCUCUACAUCGGCAUGGAGGUGGUGAUUGCCGUCUUUUCCGUCCUGGGUAAUGUGAUGGUGGUCUGGGCGGUGAAAAUUAACAAAUCGUUGAGAGACACAACAUUCUGUUUCAUCGUUUCUCUGGCCCUGGCGGAUAUCGCAGUGGGAGCCCUCGUCAUCCCCUUGGCGAUAACUAUCAGCAUCGGACUUCAAACUCACUUCUACAGCUGCCUAAUGGUCGCGUGCACGGUGCUGGUACUGACGCAAAGUUCCAUCCUGGCCCUCCUGGCCAUUGCGAUUGACCGCUAUCUCAGGGUCAAGAUUCCAACCAGCUACAAGCGUGUGGUGACAAAGCAGCGAGCGGCCGUGGCGGUGGUGGUGUGUUGGACUGUGGCCUUCAUCGUGGGCUUGACCCCCAUGCUGGGCUGGAACAACCUCUGGAGGCUGCAGCAGAACGGCUCUCUGAACGAGGAUCUCAUCAUCACAUGUCAGUUUGAGAACGUAAUCAGCAUGGACUACAUGGUCUACUUCAACUUCUUCGGCUGGGUGCUGCCUCCUUUACUCCUCAUGCUGGUCAUUUACACAGAGAUCUUCUACAUGAUCCACAAGCAGCUCAACAAGAAGGCUUGCACCAUCAGCCACACCGACCCCAACAAGUACUACGACAAGGAACUCAAACUGGCCAAGUCCCUAGCCCUGGUUCUCUUCCUGUUCGCCAUCAGCUGGCUUCCCCUCCACAUCAUCAACUGCAUCACGUUGUUCUGUCCGACCUGCGACAAACCCCUGUUCCUGAUCUACAUCGCCAUAUUGCUCACGCACGGCAACUCAGCCGUCAACCCCAUCGUCUACGCCUUCCGCAUCAAGAAGUUUCGCGACGCUUUCCUGAAGAUCUGGAAGCAGUACUUCUGUUGUAAGGACGUAUCCGCCAUCUUGAACCAGCCUAGUGAGAAGGACAGGAAGGAGAACGAGAACCAGAAUGGGAACGGGAAUCCUAAUCCGAUCGGGGACUCACCGCCAGCUCCUUCGCCAUCACAAGAAGGGCAGCAGCUUCCACUAGAGCAGAUGGUUAAGCACCAGCUGCCACAGAAGCCUCCGAUGGAGCACAACAAUAUCUAACUAUCCCCGGAAGAAAGGGAGUUUCUACAUUGACGUGUUUCAGAAACAUUUGAGUUCCUUUGAGUUUUUUGGAGAUGACUAGAGGUUGUUUGACAGGAGUCAGAGGCAUCCUGAUAGUAGUCGUUUCCCGAAUGUGAGGCAACCAAUGGAGGAGGAGCGUGAGAAACAUUCCAGCAGUUUACUUUUUGUACCUUGCACCUGCACCUGGAUGUUUGUGUAUACUACUUUGAAAGAAGUGUGACAUGGUACCCUACUGAAUGGAAGGAUUCUGAAUGGAAGGAUUCUGAAUGGAAGGAUUCUGAAUGGAAGGAUUCUGAUUGGAAGGAUUCUGAUUGGAAGGAUUCUGAAUGGAAGGAUUCUGGAGACGUGUUAGGCGACUUGCAGCUUAAGGAUCCAUCUUACAGACUGUGAAAUCUCAUUUUAACAUUCGUGUGGAGAUGUAUUUGAGUUUGAGGCAGAGGGGGGUACAGAAAAAAAUAAACAUUGAAAAUGAGUAUUAGGGUUUAUAAGGUAAAAACACUGAGAAUUAAUAUUAGGGUUUAUACGGUAAAACACUGAGAAUUAAUAUUAGGGUUCAUUCGGUAAAAACACUGAGAAUUAAUAUUAGGGUUUAUACGGUAAAAACACUGAGAAUUAAUAUUGGGGUUUAUAUGGUAAAAAAAAGUGUAAUCAAAAACGUGCAAUAAUGUAGGUGCAAAAUCGAGCACUGAUGGUGAGGUAUAAUCAGUGUCAGAUUAUCAAACGUUAUAACACUGAAUAAACAUGUGGCUUAAAAGAGUUCCAGAUGUUGCAAGGUUAAUGUUCCUGCUGUUUAUUAAACUGUACUGAUUUAAGCUAACAAAGGCUUUAUAUGAAUGUAGUGAUGUAAAUUUGAAUUAAAUGUAGCUACGGUGGCAGCUGUGAAUGAACGCUCACUUCUUGAUUCAGGGUCUUAAGGCACAAGAAGCACAGUGGAGGAACGAGUGGAGGUCUCCUCUCCUCUCCUCUCCUCUCCUCUCCUCUCCUCUCCUCUCCUCUC